GUACUUUUUUGACCAAUCAUUGACUUUUUUUUUUUAGUGUUCUGUUUGAUUUGCUUCUCAUGUGCAUUCAGUUCAUGUUAACUGGAAUGACCAAUAUUAAAUUUUUCAGGGCAGGGUUUGAUUUGUAUUAAGACUGCCAUUUCAAGAAGGUACUUAGAAAUGCUAUUUGCAUGUAAAAUAUAAGUUAAAAUCUUUAUUAAUUUUUUUGGGGAAGUUUGCAAGAUCAUGUUAUGGCAAAAAUAAAGCUUUAAAAAAAAAGUGUAACUUUGGCCGAACCUUUAAAGACAGAAAAUGCAGGAAAAUCUGUAAUUUCAUGCCGCAACAGUCAAAACCAUGAAGGGUCUGGAUGACGACCAUCGGAGGGAAACUUCCUUUUGGACUACAGCCGAUCUGUCUUGAUGCAGCGGUCUGGUUCUGGUUUGGUUUCUUGAGCAGUGAAACGGUGUUAACCAAAAGCCAAGAGGUGUUGCACACAACCGAGCUGACACCAGUUUCUUAUUCUAGCAGCAUGCAGUAGUCUGGAGGAAGAUCUGAAGAUAUGAAUACAAACAUAUAUUCUUUAACACCUCAUCACAGCUGCGUCCUUCUCUAACUAAGCGGUGGUAUUUGAAUCUGUCAGACAGUGAAGGGAUGAAAACAUCAGUCCCUGACCUUUAUAGGUUUCACACCAAACAUCAAGACAAAGUUUAGGAAAAAAAAAACAAAACACCUGUUGGUGAUUUCUUUAAAGAAUUAAGAAAGUAAGCAUUGAAAAAAAAAAAAAAAUCUUAUUCCCAGACUUUUCACAUCCCGUUGUCUAAAGCAGUGGUUUCCAAACUGUCCUUCCUUCCUUUGCUCUUUCUUCCCUUUCCUUUACCUUUCCUCCCAUUUCCCUUAAUUUUGUCCUCCCUUCCUGUUUGUGUUUUUUGUCAGGUUUCCUAUUCCAGUUCUUAAUAUUUUUGCCUUUUUGAAUGAAUAUGAAGGACCUAAAAAUCUGCAAAGUUAAUAUUUCUUUGAGAAUUUAAGAUAAAUCAUUUUAGGGACCUUGAUUAAUGGAUGCUUCAGAUCAGUUCAGCUGCCUGUUCUUGUUUAUAAAAUUCGGCCAGUCAGUAAUACAGAAAUUACUAAAUUCUGCUUUGCUGUCAGAUGGAAAUAUCCCAUGAAAAUGUCAUUAGAGUGAAGUAAGAAAGCCUUCUCUCGUCCAUUAUGAAAUGGAUAAACCGCAAUUUCUCUUGGACUUCCUCCUCUGCUGCAUCCCCUCAACUCCCCUAGUGUGCACACACACACACACACACGCGCACACACACAGAGCGGCACUCUGAGGAGGCCCCAUACUUUUCAUAACAAAGGCUCUGUCAAACUCCAGCUCCGAGCCUAACGUUGCAGACUGGAACGGCGUUUGUGUGUGUGCAUGCGUGCGUGCGUGUGAGAGUGUGAGAAGACCCUGGCGUGUCAGGUGUCACUGACAUCUGUUCAUGUGUGCAGCAUGAGUCAAGGUGUGAUGCGGCGUCUCCAUCUAGACGCGGUCUGUGCCUUUUAAGGGGCAAGAAGCUCCGAAUGAGGAAAAAAAACUCCAAAAAACAAGAAGUUUUUGCUGAGAAGCGAUGAGGAAUUACCUAAAGGAGCGAGGCGACCAAACCGUCAUGAUCCUGCACGCAAAAGUUGCACAGAAAUCCUACGGCAAUGAGAAAAGGUUCUUCUGCCCUCCUCCCUGCGUCUACCUGAUGGGCAGCGGCUGGAAGAAAAAGAAGGAGCAGAUGGAGAGAGACGGCUGCAACGAGCACGAGUCGCAGCCGUGUGCCUUCAUCGGCAUCGGCAACAGCGACCAAGAAAUGCAACAGCUCAACCUAGAGGGAAAGAAUUAUUGCACAGCCAAAACCUUGUACAUAUCCGACUCCGACAAGAGAAAGCACUUCAUGUUGUCCGUCAAGAUGUUCUACGGCAACAGCGCAGACAUUGGCGUCUUCCUCAGCAAGAGGAUCAAAGUCAUCUCCAAGCCCUCCAAAAAGAAGCAGUCCCUCAAAAACGCUGACCUGUGCAUCGCAUCAGGGACCAAGGUGGCGCUGUUCAACCGACUGCGCUCCCAAACGGUCAGCACGCGCUACCUGCAUGUGGAGGGGGGCAACUUCCACGCCAGUUCCCAGCAGUGGGGGGCUUUUUACAUCCACCUGUUGGAUGACGAGGAGUCAGAAGGAGAGGAGUUCACUGUGAGAGACGGUUACAUCCACUACGGCCAGACGGUCAAGCUGGUGUGCUCGGUCACCGGCAUGGCGCUGCCCAGACUGAUCAUUCGAAAAGUCGACAAGCAGACGGCCCUGCUGGACGCCGACGACCCGGUUUCCCAGCUGCACAAGUGUGCCUUCUACCUGAAGGACACGGAGCGCAUGUACCUGUGCCUUUCCCAAGAAAGGAUCAUCCAGUUUCAAGCCACUCCAUGCCCAAAGGAACCAAACAAGGAGAUGAUCAACGACGGCGCCUCCUGGACAAUCAUCAGCACGGACAAGGCAGAGUACACUUUCUACGAGGGCAUGGGCCCCGUCCACUCACCCGUCACCCCUGUGCCUGUGGUAGAGAGCUUACAGCUCAACGGCGGUGGGGACGUCGCCAUGCUGGAGCUGACGGGGCAGAACUUCACGCCAAAUCUGCGGGUUUGGUUCGGCGAUGUCGAGGCUGAAACCAUGUACAGGUGUGCGGAGAGCAUGCUGUGCGUGGUGCCCGACAUCUCGGCCUUCCGCGAGGGCUGGCGCUGGGUGCGGCAGCCCGUCCAGGUUCCCGUCACGCUGGUGAGGAACGACGGCAUCAUCUACUCCACCACGCUGACCUUCACCUACACGCCCGAGCCCGGCCCGAGGCCGCACUGCAGCGCCGCCGGUGCCAUCCUGCGGGCCGGCAACGCCAGCCUGCACAGCAACAGCGGCCAGGAGGCCGCCGCCCCCGGCGUCUACGGCCCCAGCAGCACCCCCGGCGCCGGGGUCACGUCCUCGUCCUCCGCCGCCGCCGUGGUGUCCUAACGCACACACACAGUAUGCCUUGAGAGCGAAACACACCUUGGGGUAUAUUACAUGACAGACUAUAGGAAUCAAACCCAAACUCUUGACUCGUCGUAGAGUGCUGCGUGUUUUAGCUUGGGAUACAAACGAAAGGAGCAAAACUGAAGGAGCGACAUCACCGACGGUGUCGGCCAAUGGGAAUAAGCAGAAGAGCUCCGUGUGACGACCCCGCGGUUAAUUUAGGGACCUGCCUAUUUAAUCCCGGCGUUUGGAACGAGUGACGUUCCUGCAGGCUCAGAGCACCAGCACCUUCCUUCAGCUGUGAGAAACGACGACGACAACAAUACAUCCACCCUGAACGCAACGCCGACCACAACCUGAACGGAUCGGCCCGCCGUCGGCCCGCCUGGAUUCACGCUGAUCAGCUCCCACGCCCAUCGGCUGGGCGUAUUGUUGUUGUUGCAGGACGCAGAGGGACACACAAAAUCGUGACGAUAACAUAGUUUUUAUGGACCAAGGAUCUUGUAUAAGCUUUAGUAAAGGUACAUUUUUCUCCAUACCUUUUUUUGUAUUAAACAUAUAGUACACUUUUGUUACCAAA